AUGAUACUCAGUCCAGACUCUGGAAUGGAUACGGAGCAUCCUUGCUACCAAGAUUUGCUGACUCGAUUUGAAAGCAUGAGUGAGGCUCAUGAAGGGGCUGUAUAUGAUUUAAUGAUACGCUGUGGUCUGUCAGCGUUCCUUAAGGCAGGCAUGUCUGUAAUGCUGACGGAAGAAGAUAAACAGACAUCUUGGGACGAAACCAUGGUACAAGCAGCGGCUUCCAUGGAGACUCGUGUUAAAAUGAUAGUACUAAAUAGUAUACCUCCUCAUCUGAGAGAAACUUUUAGAGCAGUGUAUCAGAUGGGAGGUAUUGCAAGGGCAGCGCAACUCUUGCGGGAUAUGAAUGAGGAUGAGGCAACCUCAGGAAAAGGCAUGCCUCCUAUGGAACCCUUCAACGCUCGUACUAUCCAUUCAAAACCAUCUCGUAUUGUAUAG